AUGAGUGUGAGUAACAGUGGGGACUCGCUUGUAAACUCCUCCAAAGCAGUGUUCUUUUGUCCACAGGAUCCGAUGUUUGUUCGGGACUUGGAGAACGAAGUAUCCCUUCAGCUGGUAAUCGCCAUCACUACAAUCGCUGCUCCUUUUACCACUUUUUUGAACACAUUAGUCAUCGUCACCAUCCAGAAAACAAGAGAGUUACAGACGAACUCCAGCAUUCUGAUCUCUAGUUUGGCCAUUACUGAUCUGUUCGUGGGUGCAGUUUCAACGCCUCUGAUCAUCACAGUAGAUGCAUUAAUUCUUCAAGGAACUGUAUCAGAGAGCAUUGUAUGCAACAUAAAUGAAAGCGCAGCAUUUGUGCUGUACAUUGCUUACAGUGCUUCAUAUAUGCAUUUAAUUCUAAUGGGUUGGGAGAGGUAUGUUGCGAUUGCAACACCUAUGAAGUACAACGUUUUGGUGAGAAAAGGAAGGAUAAAGAGGUAUUCAGGAGUAGUUUGGAUAACAGUUGUCACAGCCAUCGCGUUGCAAACGACAUUACAAGCCAUCGCUCUUCCUCAUGAAUUCUUAUUAGUUUUACACCUCAUUGAGGGUGUUUUUUGGCUCAUCAGCUUUAUGGCGCUGGUGUAUUUUUACAGUAUGGUUUAUAGCAAAGCACGAAAACAGAGCCAAAGCCAAAUCAGCCAAAUAACUGCGAAGAUCCAAAGCAGAAUUGCGUUUACGGCGUUUCUGUUAACCGCUGCCGUUUUCAUUUGUAGCCUUCCUAUGGCCGUUUUUGUCGGUACACUGCAAUUUUUGCCCAUUCUUCGCGCUAAUUCAGUUUUCCGAUGUUUAGAAAUUCCCCUUUACUUAAACUCUCUUUUAAAUCCUGUCCUGUAUUUUUAUAGAAACAGUCGAUACAGAAAAGCUGCACUUAAACUGCUAAGAUUCCGAAUGCCUUUGCAAAAUCAGUCAGUAGCUCCUUGUGCAAGAUGGCAUAGAGAUUUCUUUGUACCUGUAGAUGGAAAAUGCGUUGAUGACAAUGAAAGAACUCAAUGUCUCUCACGGUCACAGUCUUGGGCAGCGAAUAUAUAUGGACGCUUGAGUAUCAUGCCUGGAAUGCGAAAUAAGCCAGCAAUGAAGCGAAGAUUUUCAUGUCCACCUUUAGUAAGCCACGGAAACUUUCCUGAGUUGAUCCAACCUAUUACACGAACUAUCACAUUGCAGACUGAACUUACGCCCGAAAAACAAACUGGCAAGGAGUGAUGGAAAACAAGAUUAGAACUCCUACAGCUGCAGCAUAGCGAGAGAAAAGUAUUUCGAAGAAAAACCCUUUCUUUUAUCCAAAAGCGGACGUCAGAAAUUAGCUUAAGUUAAGUCUCAGAGAUACAAUCCAGCCUCAUGAGUUCUAACGAUAAAGAGAGCUCCCAGAAAAAACUAUCCAGUGAAAUCUAAAGUAAGUCUUAAGACUCAUUAUCGUACAAUCUAUAUAUAUUUAAUCACAACGGCUCGUGGUAACAGUAAGAAAAAGCACAGGGAGGCGAUGACGAAUUAAAAAAAAAAAAAGUGAUGAGUUCUCUGAAGAAGUUACAGAGCGAAAGAAUAGAAAACCUAAUUAAUCGCUAACUUUGACUCUCAUUUGAAAAUUGCUCUAAAAGCUGCGGGCAGUGAACCUGAAAAAGAAAGGGUAGCAUUCCAGAUAAACUCUGGAAACAAGUCAUCUAGUGUUAAAUAGCAUUUGAAACUAUGACUUUUUCUGGGUUAUUUUUUUCAAGUUCAUCAGUUGGCAUUGUCAUCCAUACAGUUUAUAUUUUGAAGUAAAAACGAUGGGACCUUGAUAAUUUUUGUUUACACUUCAUUUUCAUGUGGCGAAAGUACGCAACCUCUUCAAAGUACUCAAAUAUUUGCACUGCAGGAGAUGAAUGAAAAUGACACUUUUCCAAAUUUCAGGCUUUUGCACUUCGUAAACUACACAAUAUUCUAUAUUAAAGUUCACAUGGCAACCAGGUGGACAAUCAGACAUGGUUUGAUGCUAAAUGAAUAUGGGAGGUAAGUUUCUAAAGAAACUGUGGUGCUGCGUCGGUGGGAGAUUAUAGCAGGUAAUUUGGUGUAAACAACUGAGUUGAAGACGUAAAUUCGCGAGUGAAGAGUGAAAAAAAAUGACGUUUCGAGCAUUAGCCCUUAGUCAGAGCGAUUGGAGGAAUUGCGGGUUGUGUGUGAGUUUAUAUGAGAAAGUGGAGCUCUGCUGUUGGUGGGAGUAUGGUGACGAGAAAACAAGAAUCAAUUAGUUGAAUGAAAAGCGCUCGUUUAUACCGUGGGGAUUAAGAGUGCCGAUUUGGAAGAUAAAUUUAUUUUCUAGUGUUUUGCGGCUUUCGGAAUUGCCUAGAUGUAAGGAAAGGCCGCAAACUUCCAUAUGUUGUUGAGAAUGACUUGGAAAAACGCAAAGACAGUCAUUAAAGCGGCCGACAAAAGCGGCGCAGUUGUUGUUUGGCGGGCCGACCUCUGUCAAAAAGAAGCUUUGCGGCAACUUUCUGGCACCUCCUUUUAUGCUAGUAGACAAAGAUCUCACUUUAAUAACCAAAACAUUGUCAAAAAUGCAAUUAAUCAUCUCAUAGCUAAACAAGAAUUGCCGGCCACUGCUAAAAAUCUCACCAUCACCACUCCAAGAGCUUCGUGUAAUUACUUUCUACCUAAAAUCCACAAACCUUACAACCCAAGUCGACCCAUCGUCUCCGCCUGCAGUUGUCCCACCGAACUUAUUUCCAGCUAUUUCGACAAAACUAUGGCACCUAUCGUCAAAACUUUACCAUCUUACAUUAAGGACAGCCAACACGCACUUGAAAUUUUCCGUGACUUUAAUUUCCUUGACCAAAAUAUUGAAUAUCUUCAUACUGUCAUUCCCAACGAUGAAGGUCUCCUGGCCCUCAGACAUUUUUUCGAUCAUCGCACUGUUGAGGAACCUAGCUCUGAAACACUACUCCGUUUGACCGAACUAGUACUUACACUCAAUUGCUUUUCAUUCGGUGGUAACUAAUACAAACAAACUAAUGGCGUGGCCAUGGGUACUAAAAUGGGACCCAGCUACGCAAAUCUUUUCGUUGGUUUUAUCGAACAUCAGUAUUUUAGUCAAUACCACGGCCCCCAAACCUGAACUCAACGGCCGUUACAUUGACGACUGCAUCGGCGCUACCUCCUCUGCCAGAGAGGAGCUCACUCAAUGUAUAACCGCCAUCAAUUCCUUUCACCCGGCUCUUAAAUAUCCUGGGAAAUUUCCGACUCUUCUUUAGAGUCGCUUUUCUAGACAUCAAGAUUUCAAUUGAAGGCAACGGUUUAAGCACAAGUGUUUUACUACAAACCUACAGUUUGCGGCCUUUCCUAACAUCGAGGCAGUUCGGAAGGCCGCAAAACACUAAAAAAAUAUUUAUCUUCCAAAUCGGCACUUAAUUCCCUCGGUAUCAACGAGCGCUUUUCAUUCAGCUAGUUUUUCUCGUUUUCUCGUCACCACACUCCCACCAAUAGCGUAGCUCCACUUUUUGCAUAACCCACAAUUCCUCCAAUCGCUCUCACGAGGGGCUAACGCUCGAAACGCCGGUUUUUAUUACUCUUCACGGUGGCCAAUUUACGUUUUCAACUCAGUUGUUAACACUGUUAAAACAUGUUUUUUGUCUUGUCUCGUGACAAGACGAAAGAAAUAGAGAAAGAUCUUUCUCUAUUUCUGUGCCAAGCUCAAAACUUACCAUCUCUCUCAUUCUAUUUACUAAUAGGACGCUAUCGACAUUGGUGAUCUUAGCAGUAUGUGAGACGCGUGUCUUACGAACUUCAUAAUAGACCUCGCUCACCAUAGAGUCUUUGUGGCUCAAUGGUAGAGCAUCGAUGUUCUGAGGUUCGAUUCCUUGUGGGGACUCAGAAUAUAUUUUUUUUUCCUACGCUUGUGACAAGACCAAAAAUAUCUUUCCCCAAUAACCACAUGGUUUCCUAAUGAGCUUCAUCGCCUGGAAAAACAAAGGUUUUUUUAUACUCGUAUAUUUUAAUUGUUGUAAAUGUUUACUGGCUGAACAAAUCUAUCGAUUACAAGAAAGAACUUUUAAAAUUUAACAUAGCAUGCAUGAGAGUAACCAAGGUAAGUUGUUUUUUUUUAAGAUUUUGUUUCACGAGCUUUAUAAAUAUUUGAAUAAUGAUGAUAAAAAAAAAGAAAACUUCAGGAAAGGCAAUACGAAUUCAAAAAUCACAUGUUUGCUUCUUGCUCCACUUUAAUUCUGCAGAAAACUAUCAAAUAGAUAAUAACAUUCAUAUCCUAAAUUAGAAACGUCUGCGUGUUAUCCCAAUAAUAAGAAGCUCUAUUAUUGAUAGAAAAAAGGACUUCUAACUUAAUGUGCCUAUGACAUGAACUUUUUUUUUUUCGUAUUUAUUUACCUUAUCAUAUGAACAAACCAAUUCCGAUAGAACAAAAACUUCAAAAAAUAUCAAAACUCGGUUUUUUUUCUGGCCCUUUAGUCCCCUUAUUUUGUCUUAAUGAGUUAGACUGAUAACCAGUUGCCUGGUGAUGACGUGGGAUACUGUGAAAUCCCUCAAUUGACACCAACAAAUCUCUCACAUCUCUUGUAAUUUUGUUGCAGUCAACGUUAAAAUGCUCUUAAAAUAAAUUCCGAUAGCGAUGUAUACCUGCCUCAAGAAAGCUUUACCGAGACCUGUGAUACAUGGUACUGAAGUGGUAAAGAAGAAAUGAAAGUUGCGAGUACGGUUCAGUCUAGAAAAUAAAACAAAUCUCCAUUAUGCCGCAGUCCCUAAUCGUUUUGCAACCUCGUGACUUACUCCAUUCCUUGAGUGAUUCUGAUCUGUGUUCACGCUACCAAAGCGACUAAAACUCAGUGCCUUUUUGAAAGCCACUUUGAACUGCGGAUUAAUAAAUCCAUAUAUAAUUGGAUUUACCAGGCUACCGGAGAACGCCAAGUAAACACUUGUUGUAUAAAAUUUUUGAGGAAUAUCAAACCCAAAGGUCCAAAUGACGGCGAUAAUGGAGAUUGGAGACCAUGUUAACACAAAGAAACAGGCUACGGUGAAACAUGUCUUUAAAACACUCACGUCAGUCAUAUUGGUGCGGCGAGUAUCAUUUGCGGAGCGGACUCCGUUUCCUUCAGCGUGAGCGUUUAAAUUUCUCGUGCUUUCUCUGACAGCUUUAUAGAUUUUGAAGUUACAAUAAAAUAUCAUGAUCGUAAGUCCGUUGACAAUCACUCCCGUGCUAGUGUUUUUGUAUACAUUGUUCUCUGGGACACAAAUAACAAGUUUCUCAUGAAAUGAUACCCCUAACCAUCCAAAGAGAAAAGGAAUUGCCAGAAAAAUGGAAAUCAGCCAAACCAAAACACAAUACAACCGAGCUGCUCUUUUGCUGGGAAAUACUUUUCUGUACAGGCUGGGUUUUACGACUUUUAUGUAUCUAUUGAAUGCUAUCAAUGCUAUCGUGAAUAUAGAGGCACAUGCCAAAAUAUGUGAUGUUGAUCCUGCCACCUGACACCAAACUUGGCCGAAUUUCCAAGUUCCCGUAGACAGACUCGCUAUCCAGAAUGGCAUACUUGCCAUUGCCAUGGCGAUGUCAGUCAAUGCUAGAUUAUGAAUAAACAUGUAAGUCACCUUGUGGAGCCUGGAAUCUCUGUAGAUAACAUAAACAACCAGCAUGUUACCAGACAUGGCUGAGAGCAGGACGAGAGCUGCCACUGUUACUUCCACUUUAAUUUCAGUUCUGGAGCGACCAAGAGGAUCAUGUAAAGGUGAUUCAGACAUGUUUUUCAGCUUGCAAGGUUACGUUCGGUUUGGAAAGAAAAGUGUCCACGAAAACCUAGAUAAAUAAUGACAGACAACCUUUGUUAUAUGUAGCAUUUGCAUCAUGGUGAUUCAACUCUUAAGUUAAGCGAGAGCAGGAAAUAGUAGAUUCAGAUUUGAAGUCAAGUUCAGAUUGAUUAUGGUGUCGCAUUUCAGUGGUCAAUGAAUUAACCCGAAUUCUCUAGACCCACCUGCGAACGUGGUGGAGGAAAAGCAAAGCAAUUUCCCUCUCAUAAAAAUGCAGCAAAUGUAUCGCUGAUAAACCUCUGUUUAUUUAAAAGACUGUCACCUUCAGUUACUUUUUGAAAACACCAAAAAAAGUUUUCUUUUUUUCAUGAUAUUUCGGUGUAAUAUAUAUUAAUCUCGUUUUAUUCAGGCUAUAUUUUCGAAAAACUCAUUUUAAGGAGGUCGAUCCUCAAAUGUUUUUUUAAGUUUUGAGUACCAUACAAAAUUGCUCUUUAGUAAUGUCGCAGCACUUGGCCUUUAAUGUUUCUCAGGAUCUCUUUAGUGGACUUCAAAAAUCUAUUUAAAUGUUUAUUUAAAACCAGUUAUUAUAAAGUUCAGAUAUUACCGGCGCUGUCAUUGGUUGAAAGAGCAUGCUCUAUUAGAGUACAAAACACGGAGGUCAGCUAAAGCCGUCACGCCAUUUGCUAUUUUGUACCAUGUCCGAUCACUUACCGGCCUUCUCUCUGGCUUUUUUUUCAUUAAUUGAAAGUGGAAUUUCGAACAAGCUUAAACAAGCAGGCAACUAGCAACAGAAGAACCAUGCAAAUGUUUGUAACCAUGCCCAGCACCGUAAUUGACGUUAUUAAAACGCGAGCAGAGACGAAAAUCCCUAAACACAAAACGAAAUGGACUGUGCAAGUUUUGAAGGAUUACACACUUAUUUAGAUUCUAAAUAAGGAUUUUUGCCAAAGUAGCUCUUUUGGAAAUAGGUAGGUCUCGCGCCCGCGAUUAUGAUAUUUUUAAACAAAGUUUUGUUUCGUCUGAUCACACGUACUUCAUCAGGGAUUCGACAAGAUGAAAAAUUGAACUACUAGUAUACUGGACGUUUGCAGUACAAACCACGUUCAAAUUGGGGUGUGAACAGCAAAAAAAGACAAACAGGAAAAUGUUACGCAAAUCCGGCGAAACAAAUUGAAAAUUUUACGAGUUGCAGCACUCAUAAAUUCAUUCAUAAAUAAAAUGUCCACAAAUAUUUUAAUCUCGAUGAACCCAAAUAUAAGAUUUGUUGUUUUUCUUGUACUGUAAAAAAAGAGAUACUUUUUCUGGAUCUGUCACACAGUGAGCCACUUUGAAUUCGUUGACGUAAAAUAAGAAAAUCAGCGAAGUCUUUUCGUUUUUCAUCAAGGAAUUCUUUGCAACUGGUACAAAUUUUAUUUUCUAUAAUUGUUAAGGACCUAGACUCUAAUUGUACCAGACUAGUGAUCAGUAUCUUAGAGUUUUUUCGUUAUUCUCCUCUUUUCCCUAAUUUUCAUGAUCACUCUUACACCCACAGGAUCAAUCUUAUACCCGAAGGAAUUCUGUUUUUACGUCUUCGAUAAACUACGGAUCACUCUGAAAAAAAAUUAAUUUGGGGGAAGGGGAAUUUAAAAAACGAUUCUUCCCAGAUACUCACAUUCGUGUAAACCAACAUCCAGUGGUGAUGGCUGUGUUUUGUUCUGUUUGGUGCAUCCUGAAAAAUUGUAUCUUGCAUGAAUGGCUAGGAAAUAGGUUUCUCGUCUUGAAAUGCUCACUUUAGGAGACUAAUUUAACUUGUCGUUAAGACAAUAACCUGUCUUGAUUAUAAUGGCUCAUCUUGCCGUUCUUUUAAACUCUCAAUUAGCAAAUUUUUCUUUUGUUGUUAUCGAAAAAUGAUCGAAUUUUGGUUCUGUUCAGCGACAGUGAUAAAUUGAGGAAGUAACCAGUAAAAUCCUAAUCAAAUCUUUAAUUUUCUAUAAAAAUUAAUUGCAAAAUUCACAAUAUUUAAGAACAUCUGUCAAGGAUGACAGAGACCACUUCAAUUUGGUGAAUUACUAACGUUAGUAUCUUCAUUAGUGAUAAGAAAAGGGACAUAAAACUUACCGAUAAAAAAUAUCAGAAUUACAAAUUUGACAGACUUUUGUUUCCAAAUUGUCUGAAAAUGCAUGCAAUUUUACGGCGACAUCUUAUCAUCGGCUACCAUUUGGGAAAUCAAUCAAGUAGAUGCAAGGUUGUAAUUUUCCCCGGUAUCGGUUGGAGGUAACAGAACGCAACGAAUAGGACCUUGCCAGACAAACCCCUUACAUUUUGUGGGAAACUCUAGAACGAAGAUCCAAGGCAAAAGAAAUGCACUUACAUUUGGCAAUUUCCUAACUUCAUCAAUCAAAUGAUGGUCAAUAGAUUUCUUUAUUGCUUUCGGUUAUUAAAACUAUCUACGUCACCUCACUUCUCUCCAGCACUUCCACGUCCUUUCAUAUAUAAUUUAAUUUUGUCUUUAGGAUUUAAUACCCAUUUCAUUGGUGAGAUGUUGGUUAAGUAUAGAGACCUCUAGGUCGUGUGCAUCUUAAUCGUCGAUUAUAAGAUCAUAAAGCGUUUGGUUGUUUUUGCAAUGGGAAAGUCUCACGGAACAACAUUAAAAGGUCCAAAUGGGGCAAAUGAAACUGUCGAUAUGAAAAGAUUUAUGUUCAGUGCGCUGCAUCACUAUUAAAAACUAACAAUCAAAGCUCUCCAAGUAGCUGAUUACGAAUUAAGAGGUAAAACAGUUUCCUUCUCGAAAGAGGCAAUGUACGGGAACAAAUGUCGAAUGGGAGUUAAAAUUCAUAUAUGUUUAUGUCACAUUCGUCAAUUUUAUUUCCUUGCUUUUUUAUAUCUGUGUAUUUGUAUAUUUUUUUAACGUCAAUUCUCUUGGGUGGGCGUCUUGUAUGAGUCAGUGUCCCAUUCGAGCCUUUUGCUCUUGGGCUUUUAUAUCCUGUAGUUAAUCUUGUUCCUUCAUGUAAUUAUUUUCUCUUCAUUUAAUGCUAAAUAGAGAUUUAAAGUUCAUAUAUUACACUAUGUAUAAGAAGAACGAAAUUAUUUGUCGAGUUUUCGUUGCCAAUACAGCUCCAAGUUGUUAACCUGAAAACUGAAGCCCAAAUAACAUAAAGCCACACUGCUUGUUUCUCGGAAUGCAGCCCUGAAUAUUAGUUUUGUUUUCUAAAUGUCGUUUUAGGAUCUUACCGCACUAGCCACAAAGUUAUUUAUUUAGACAAAUUUUCUGGCAUCACGAGCAACAAGUAUGGAUGGUUCGUCGCGACUUGACAAAUUUUGGCUGAAGCGGACAAAUUUUCAAAUGUAUAACGCCGACAAAAUUUGUCUCGGUAAAAUAUUAUGAUCAUGAUUCCGUUGACGAGAACUCCCGCAAACAGUAAGGUGUAUAAGUCGGUCUCAAAAAGCCAAAUUUCGGAUGAUAUUACGUCCUUACCCACCCACCCAGUAAGAGUAUAGAAAAACAAAUGGCAACCAUCCAAAUGAGAACACGAUACAGCCGAGCUGCUCUUUUUUGUGGGAAAACCUUUCUAUAUAGGCUGCGUUUUAAAACCUUAAUGUAACGAUUAAAGUCUAUCAAUGCCAGCGUAAAGAGAGAUGCAUAAGCCACAAUGGACAUCACUGAACCUGUCACCCGACACCUCACUCGGGCGAAAUUCCAAGUUCCCGUACACAGGCUCGCUAUCCACAAUGGCAUGUCUAUCAUUGCCAGGGCAUGCAAAGUAUAUCAAUCAGUGCCAGAUUAUGAAUGUGGCUGCGAGACAAAUGGUGAUGGCCAUAGUCACUUAGACAUCAAUUUCAGCUCGACGAUCAAGACCUAGAGGAUCAUGGCAAGGCGAUUCAGACAUAUUAAUCAGCUUUUAAGGUUGCAACCUCUUUCGUGAAAAAAAGUUUCUUGUCUGGUGGAACCUGCGUGGUGAAACAAUCCCAAGCUACGUUAAAUGUAAUAUCUCUAUCACGUUGAUUCAACUGUGAAAUAAAGCCAAAGUGAUAAAUUGCAAUUUGAGAUUUAGAGCAGUUUUCGAUUGAAUUUCGAAAAAUCAAAACCAAAGUAACACAAAGGCCAAUCCGAAGAAAAGAAAGUACCAUUAAGAGCCAAUGAGAGCUCGAAGUAGAACCAAAGAAGCGGGAAAACGUGGACGCCCAAUCACAGAGCGUGUUAAAGUAAAAGUAAUGUAAUACUGGAUCAAUUUUGUUACUCCAUUGAAAUCUUGCUAUCGCUCAUAGGAGCGCGAGCAAGAGGGUCGAGGGUCACAUUUAGACCGCCAAAUCGUAUUUUCAAUGCGCGAAAAAUGGUCAAGGAAACUUGCUGGGCGCUGAGGUCGAUUAUUUCAAAUUUUAAAUACAGCCAUCAACCAGAAAACGCAGAAACACUCGCGUCAUAGUCACGUUGAUAACAAAUAUCACUAAGACAAAUUUGGCCGGAAAAGCGAUCGAUUUUUUAAGAAAACUAUAGCUUACUUCAUCCAAGCAAUGAAAUUUUAAAGUGAUCUGAAACCUUCACUCACAGAGCGAACUUCAAGAUAAUACAAGCCUAUAAUUAGAGAAUUCAUAGCACUCAUUUUCCUUAGUUUUUUAACGAUCUUCGAAAUGUUUCAAACAUUUAAGCAAAAGAGGCCUUUUUCUGUGUUUAAAUUGCAGGUCGUGCGAAUGUCCAGCAUAAACGAGAUUUUUUUGAAAACAUCAUCGUAAAAUACAAGGAAACUAUGAACAGUUUGGUUCUAAGUUUUUGUUAACUGCCGCUCAUCAGCGGCGAGCUCUUGACGUCUCAAUUUGUAAACCUAUCGAUAAUGGCUAUUUAGGAACACAUUAACUAAUCUGAACAAAACAAAAACGAAAUAUGUCGAAAAAGGUAAACAUUAUUAUUUGAUGAUUAUCUGAUUUGAUUAAACGGAAUAUUCAUCAAAAUAAUCAGCUUUUCAGAUUUGUAUUUCAAAUAAAUCAUUGCCAAAAUCGAGGCCUCUUUUCUCAUCACUAAUAAUAGUUUACUGAUUACUUGACUUCAAAUUUUUCACAUUUGAAUUUCAAAGAAAAAAAGCUUUCGAGAGAGAUCACUAGCAGCUGUGUACAACCAACUCAGUUUUUUAAAAUUUUUAAAAAUACAAUCGCUUUUUUCUUUUCUUUCCCCUUUUUUAACAGCAACAAAACAACAUUUCUUUGAGUGAACAGCUAUUAAAAUCGCGGCAGGACCUUUCAUUAUCGCCCGGAAAAGUUGUUGUCGCAAUCGCAAAUUAAUUUCUUCAAGAAGUUGUUAGCGAUGAGAAACACUACAAACUAAGUUUCCCAAAGAUUCUUAUAAGAGACGUGUAAUUUGGUUUGCGCUGAAAAGAGCCAUCGCCUCUGCAGCUCACAGUUGUCAAUAUGAGUAUGAGUAACAGUGAGGACUCGCUUGUUAACUCCUCCAAAGCAGUGUUCUUUUGUCCACGGGAUCCGCUGUGUUUUUGGGACUUGGAGAACGAAGUAUCCCUUCAGCUGGUAAUCGCCAUCACUGCAAUCGUUGCUCCUUUUACCACUUUUUUGAACACGUUAGUCAUCGUCACCAUCCAGAAAACAAGAGAGUUACAGACGAACUCCAACAUUCUGAUCACUAGGUUGGCCAUUACUGAUCUGUUAGUGGGUGCAGUUUCAACGCCUCUGAUCAUCACAGUAGAUGCAUUAAUUCUUCGAGGAACUGUACCAGAGAGCAUUGUAUGCAGUAUAAAUGAAAGCGCAGCAUUUGUGCUGUAUGGUGCUUACAGUGCUUCACUUAUGCAUUUAACUCUAAUGGGUUGGGAGAGGUAUGUUGCGAUUGCAAAACCUAUGAAGUACAAAGUUUUGGUGAGAAAACGAAGGAUUAAGAGGUAUUCAGGAAUAGUUUGGAUAACAGUUUUCACAGCCUUCGUGUUGCUAAGGACAUUACAAGCCAUCGCUCUUCCUCAUGAAUUUUUAAUAGUUCUACACCUUAUUGAGGGUGUUUUUUGGCUCGUCAACUUUUUGGCGCUGGUGUAUUUUUACAGUUUGGUUUAUAGCAAAGCAGGAAAACAGAGCCAAUGCCAAAUCAGCCAAAUAACUGCCAAGAUCCAAAGCAGAAUUGCGUUUACGGCGUGUCUGUUAACCGCUGCCGUUUUCCUUUGUAGCCUUCCUAUGGCCUUUUUUGUCGGUACAGUGCAAUUUUUGCCCAUUCUUCGCGCAAGUUCAGUUUUCCGAUGGUCGGAAGUUCCCCUUUACUUAAACUCUCUUUUAAAUCCUGUGCUCUAUUUUUAUAGAAACAGGUGAUACAGGAAAGCUGCACUAAAAUUGCUAAGAUUCCGAAUGCCUUUGAAAAAUCGGUCAGUGGGUCCUUCUACAAGAUGGCGUCGAGAUUCUUUUGUGCUUGUAGAUGAAAAAUACUUUGGUGACACUGAAAGAACUCAAUGUCUCCCACGAUCACAGUCUUGGGCAGCAGAUACACAUGGACGGUUGGAUAUCAUGCCCGGAAUGCUAAAUAAGUCAGCAAUGAAGCGAAGAUUUUCAUAUCCACCCUUACUAAGCUAUGGAAACUUGCGUGAGGUGAUUCAACCUGUUACACGCACUAUCACGGUGCAGAUUGAGCUUACACCCGGAAGCAAACUGGCGCGGUAUUAGAAUUCCCACAACUGCAGGGUAGCGAGAGAAAAGUCUUUCGGAGAAAACACCUUUCUUUCAUCCAAAAGCGCUCGUCAGAAAUUAGCUGAAGUUAAGUCUCAGAGAUGCAGUCCAGCCAUAUGAUUUAUAAACGAUUAAGAGUACUUCCAGAUAAAAAAUAUCCAAUAAAAAUUUUAAAAAGAUCUCUUAACACUUCUUGUCGCACAAUCUGUAUAAAUUUAAUCACAACGGCUCGUCUUAUUUGAAAAUUGCUCUAAAAGCUGCGGGCAAUGAACCUGAAAAACUAAGUGAAGCAAUCAAGAUAAACUCUGGACACAAGUCAUCUUGUGUUAAAUAAAAAUUCAAACUAUAACUUUCUCUAAGUAAGUUGGAAUUUUCAUCCAAAAGUUUGUAUUUUGAAGUAAAAACGAUGGGACACUAGGUAUGUGCGUCUUUGCUCUUGAUAAUUUUUCUUUACACUUGAUUUUUAUGUGGCGAAAACAUGAAACCUCUUCAAAGUAGGCAAAUCUUUGUACUGUAGGAGAUGAAUGAAAAUGACACUUCUCCAAAUUUCAGACUUAUACAUUUUUCAAACUACACAAUAUUCAUAGGAAACUUACGCUAGCGUCUGGAAAUCACUAAUUAUCAAGAUGUAGGGAACCUGUAGGAUUUUGCCUUAAGAUCGAUCUCAAUUUCCGGCCCGUUUUUUGCCCAAACGACCAAAUCACGGCUGCUUUUCAUUCUGGAGAAUCUACGCAUUUAUAGCGAUUUCAUUACUACUUCGCAAGAAAACUAACAUCAAAACGAUUUUUCAAAAUUGAGAGGUGAAAUUCAGAGAUUCAUAACAAAUUAAAUUCAUUCCUUUUUUGGUGGUUGUAAGUUUGUGAUCGCUUUGUCUUGCAUACAUGUCAUGAAACGUUUAGUUGUCAUGUGAAACUGAGCAGCGUACGAUUUGCUUGUGAGCCUAAACUGGGAUACUUAUUUUUAUGUAUUAACAGCGCUAUCGAGUAGAACUUGAUACUUUACUAGUCUGGCGUCAGCUCAGAAAAAAGAGCAGUAUGCUCUCUUGCUUGGAGAUAAUGUCGCCUCAAUUUAUAGAUUACUCUGGAUAAGACGAACUUAAGAAUCGACCGAAUCGAAUUCACGAAAAAGCCAAAUAUCCCAUGCAGAAACACAACUGUGUAUUUUUCACUGAUUACGCGAACUUUUGAUCAAGUACCAGAAGUAUUCUCUAAGUAAAGUAAAGCAGACUUCUCAAAAGAAGAUCGAUCGCUUUCGUGAAGUCCUCUAGUAGUUUAUCUUUACAUCUGUGUCCAUCUUGCUAUCGCUAAUUGAUCUGAAAUCUGCUAACCCACUGAUUGCAAGUGAUUUCCUCCUCUCAGCUUUAACAAAUGUCCAGUACGUCAAGUUUCUUAGAUUCGAAUUUUAUACAAAAUUGAAGAUUUUGUGUGAGUGAAACUGAUUAUUUCGUGAAAUCGCGACGGACGGCGACGACUACUUGCUUUUUAUUUUGUGAUGUCAUGCUACAGAUUGAAAUUGCACCCAGAAAGAAACUGCUUAGGAGAGAGACAAAGAUAAUAGAAUUGAACGAGAUCAAACUUUUGAUAUAAAACCAGCAGUUGGUACGUUUAUACACCUUGAAAGAUGACAGCGCGAUUUCUGUGCGUCUGUAGAUGCUAAUGAGUGUGUCGAUACCGUAAGAGUUCAAUGCCUCACACAGUCAUAGUCCUGGGCAGCGGACACACGCACGGUCGGUGGAACACUGAUCAUGCCUGGAGAGCCAGUUGUCGCAAUCAUGGACAGAAUAAUGUCAUGUCCACUCUUGACAAGGCAUAAAAACCAUCUUGAAGUGUUUCAACCUUUCACUUGAUCUGUAAUACUACAGAUUGAAAUUGCACUUAGAUAGAAACUGCUUAGGAGAGAGACAAAGAUAUUAGAAUUGAACGAGAUCAAACUUUUAAUAUAAAACCAUGUAUCCUCGGCAUAAAAUCACUUGUUCCACACUAUAAAAAGUUAAGGCUCUGGCUUUUUACUUUGUUAAUAGAAUAAACUUUUCAAAGUUAACAGAGAGUUUUAGAUCCAAGAUUAGUUACAGUACAUCCAACGUCCAAUCAGUGCAUAAGAGUUAUCAGACGUAACCAAUGAGAGCUUAAAGUCAAAUAAAGCGCGGGAAAAUGCUAGUGACCAGGCGGUGAUUAGAUUCAGUUUCUUUUUUGAUUGGUUGAAAGGGGGUCGUGAGUUUCAUUUAAUACUCAUUUCUUAUAAGGUGGGAGAAGUGAACAAAACAAUUCAAUCAAGCGUAGCUAAUUUGUGAAACAGCUUUUUAUUUUAAUUUAAAAAAAUAAUCAACUGUCCAAAUCCCGUACUCGAUUCACGAGGAAUUUUCACUCUUAUUUAGUGCGGUAAGAAUAAAAUGUAAUGUUUAUAUUUUAAACUCUCUCCCGCAUUAAGACAAAAUCCUACGAGUUAAAUCUAUCAGCUUGAAAGUGUAAUCUUUAUUUCAAACCAAAUUCUCCGACAUAAUUUAUAGAGAUAUCUGUAGCAGGUGGAUGGGAAAAUUGAUAAUCAGUGCGUAGCAGUCGGCGGGCUGAACAAAUAUACUCUACAUAAUUAGACUUUGAGCCAAAUUCUAACUACUUUGAACUUGAAGCUUAAAUCAAAGUCUUUGUUAAGUAACGUUCUUUGAUCUUAAAACAACCUACUAAAACAACCUUCACUAGAUACCAGUACUCUCACUCUCCAGGCAAAUGUCAAAGCACCUUUAGUGGUGGACUUAAAUUACAACAGAGCAAAUAUAUCAAGCCUGGCGAAGGUGAAGGGGACGCUUAAGCUAAAAUGAAAUUUUGAGCCUAAGACGAAAAACAUCGAAAUCCCUAUGGCUUUUAUGCUCCGUAGAGCUUCGAGCAUUUACUAAAGAAAAAAAGAACAGCUACAUUGCUGACCUAAUUCAUGAAAAACUAGUCUGUAGAGUAACGGACACAAAUUUCACUUCUUAUGUCAAAUAGGGGAGCUGGAAAAGGAGAUAUUUCCUCUUUAGUGAAACACACAUUACUCUAGGAGACAAGUUUAAAAAAUAUACCCUGAAAACACGAACGGCAGGCUAAUGAUGAAAUUAUUUCAUGCAAGGAAACCCGAUUUGAAUCAAACCUUCAUCUCUGUUUCUGUUUUAAUCCGUAUCAGCUUCAGUUAUCUCCUCAAUCUUGCUAUUUGCAUUCCCUUUGUUUUGCGGGGAAAAUGUCAUUUCAGUCUCGUUCUUUCAGCUUUAUUAAUCAUAAAAUCAAAUUCAAAACACACCGGUAUGUUUCUAUAUCCAGAAAUUUCAGAUGUUCAUCCUUGAUGGUUUUUAAAAGCUAAGGCUCUUCCGCAUUAACUUUCUUAACGAUUCGAUUCAUUUGUACGAGGGCAUUUCAAAGGAGUUUUGCGGUAAGUUUAAAACUACAUUUUCUUCACUAUUUCACAAGGCGAUUUAAGGUAGCUGAAGUGGAGAAUGAAAGGAUUUGCAAAUGCUGACUGAUAUAUAAUUACAAGAGAUAUGAGAGAUUUGUGAGUGUCAACUGAGUGUUUUUACAGUUUUCUACGUCAUCACCCACUAAUUCAUUACCAUUCUACGGGAAACUUUUAAGACAAAGUAAGGUCACUCUAUGCACAAGAAAACUGAGUUUCAAAUGUUUCGAAAUUUUUCUUCUAUCGGAAUGGGUUUCUACAUAUAAUAAGCUAUAUAUUUACGCAAAAGAAAAUUUCGUGUUGUAGGCACUUUAAACUGCAGGUCGUGCGAAUGUCGAGCAAUAAAUAGAUUUGUUUUAAAACAUCAUCGAAAAAGACGAGGAAACUGAGGGCUAUUAACCGUCUGGUUCUGAGUUUGUGUUAUCUUCCCUUCAUUAGCUGCGAGCUCUUGACGUCUCAACUUUGCAAACCUAUUUGAUAAUGGCUAUUUAGGGACACAUUUAGUUACCUGAAUAAAACAAAAACGAAAUUCGCUGAAAAAAAUAAAUCUUAUUAAUUGAUUUGAUUAUGUGGAAUAUUCGUCGAAAAAUCAGCCUUUCAGAUUUCUAUUUCAGAUAUAUCAUUGCCAAAAUCGAGGCCUUUUUCCUCAUCACUAAUAGAAACUUUAGCCUCAAUAAUUCACAAAUUGCAUUUUGACUUUGGAUUUUUCGAAUUUAAAUUUCAUAGAAAAUUAAAAGCUUUAGAAAGAGAUCACUGACAACUGUAUACAACCAAACUCAGUAUAAGAAAGAUGGUAAGUUUAGAGCUCGGUAAAGAAAUAGUGAGAAAUAUUUUUUUCGUCUUCUAACGAGUGUGAGACAAAGUAAAAUUUCUGAGUUCCCAUGAGGACUCAGAAUCCUCAUGAAAACUCAGAAUUUUUUCUUUGUCCCUUCUUUCAACAUUUCUUUAAUUGAACACUUAUUAAAAUCGCGUCAAGACCUUUUAUUAUCGUCCGGAAAGUUGUUAUCGUAAUCGCAAAUCAAUCUCUUCAAUAGGUUGUUCAAGAUGAGAAGCACUUACAACAUAGUAUCUCAGAAUAUCUUAUAAGGAACGUGCUAUUUGGUUUGCGCUGAAAUAGCCAUCGCCUCUGCAGGUCACAGUUGUCAACAUGAGUGUGAGUAACAGUGAGGACUCGUUUGUUACCUCCUCCAAAGCAGUGUUCUUUUCUCCAAAUGAUCCGCUGUUUGUUUGGGACUUGGAAAACAAAGUAUCCCUUCAGCUGAUAAUCGCCAUCACUGCAAUCGUUGCUCCUUUUACCACUUUUUUGAACAUAUUAGUCAUCGUCACCAUCCAGAAAACAAGAGAGUUACAGACGAACUCCAGCAUUCUGAUCUCUAGUUUGGCCAUUACUGAUCUGUUAGUGGGUGCAGUUUCAACGCCUCUGAUCAUCACAGUAGAUGCAUUAAUUCUUCGAGGAACUGUACCAGAGAGCAUUGUAUGCAGUAUAAAUGAAAGCGCAGUAUUUGUGCAGUACAUUGCCUACGGUGCUUCAUAUAUGCAUUUAAUUCUAAUGGGUUGGGAGAGGUAUAUUGCGAUUGCAAAACCAACGAAGUACAAAGUUUUGGUAAGAAAACAAAGGAUAAAGAGGUAUUCAGGAAUAAUUUGGAUAACAAUUGUCAUACUCUACCUGUUGGUAAUGACAUUACAAGCCAUCGCUCUUCCUCAUGAAUUCGUAUUAGUUCUACUCUUUAUUGAAGGUGUUGUUUGGCUCGUCGGCUUUAUGACGCUAGUGUAUUUUUACAGUAUGGUUUAUAGCAAAGCACGAAAACAGAGCCGAAGCCAAAUCAGCCAAAUCAGCCAAAUAACUGCAAAGAUCCAAAGCAGAAUUGCGUUUACGGCGUUUCUGUUAACCGCUUCCGUUUUCAUUUUUAGCCUUCCUAUCCCCGUUGUUAUCGCUACAGUGCAAUUUUGGCCCAUUCUUCGCGCUAAUUCAGUUUUCCGAUGGUCAGAAGUUUCCAAUUUCUUAAACUCUCUUUUAAAUCCUGUGCUCUAUUUUUAUAGAAACAGGCGAUACAGAAAAGCUGCACUUAAACUGCUAAGAUUCCGAAUGCCUUUGCAAACUCAGUCAGUGGGUCCUUGUACAAGAUGGUGUCGAGAUUCCUUUGUGCCUGUAGAUGAAAAAUACGUUUGUGACACUGAAAGAACUCAAUGUCUCCCACGCUCACAGUCUUGGGCAGCGGAUACACACGGACGCUUGAGUAUCAUGCCCGGAAUGCAGAAUAAGUCAGCAAUGGAGCGAAGAUUUUCAUGUCCACCCUUACUAAGCUAUGGUAACUUGGGUGAAGUAAUUCAACCUGUUACACAAAUUAUCACAGUGCAGACUGAACUUACACCCAGAAACAAACUGGCGAGGAGUGACGAAAAACAAGAUUAG